GUCCGACGCAUGUCCGGAGAGGGACAGGCGAUAGAGCUACCUGAGGUGUGCCCAUCUUGCGGUAACAUCUUUGCACCCGAUGCCAUCUUCUGUCGGAUGUGCAGGACCAAGAGACCUGGCUCGGGAGAGAAGGAGAAGAGCGAAUCCCAGAUCUGUUCUUGUGGAAAUGUCUUCAUGCCCGACGCCGUCUUCUGUCGCCGGUGCGGCUCGGAACGGCCCAAAGAUCAGGGACACAGCAGUGACAAGAGGAACAAGGGCCAGGAUCUUUUGCUGCUCAGCUUCAAUCCCUUUUCAGAGACCCUCUAUCGCGGCUUACUGCGGGACAUGCACGAGGACACUUUUCACGAUGCCACGACGAUGUUGCUGAACCUCUGUUCUUGUCUCCAUGCGCUCCAGCAUCGGUUUAGGUCAUCGGCCUCGAGGUUAAUUGAGGAUGACGAGAGCUCCACUCUGCAGGAGAUGAAUGUCUCAGUACUGAGUGCUGUGCUGCGAUUGUUCUUUCCAAGAAAGCCCAGGGAACAUCUGACGGCCCUGAAGAGUAUGUUGCAUUCAAAAGCACAGCUCAAUGCCGUGAGAACCAGGGACAAACUGAAGAACCGGGCCAGCGCGGUGCAAUUUCAAGAGGUGGGAAAGGACGAGCCACUUGGCAGAAAUCCCGGUCGGCCCAUGGACGAGCACGGGCGGAUGAUCGGAGGUCAUCGGGCGCUGUUGGAGAACUUGUUGAGGAGCCCGACUCCAUUCAUCUUAGAGCCGAGCUCUCAGACGCGUCAGACGUCGGGCGAUGGAGCUGUGGUUACGACGGCAGCAUCUCCUGGAGUUCGGUGUAUCCUUGCGGCGGACAAGUUGCAACGCGCCCUUUGGGUCGCAGAUGGUCGCAGUGGCGCCCUGCGAGUGAACCGGAAAAGUUCCGGCCAAGCACAAGGAAGUGCCGCAGAUGAGCCAGCGCAGAUGGCGGCCAAAGAAAUCUUGGAAGCACUGGGCAAAGCCGACCGGGACUUAACGGCGGAUCAGCUUCACGUCUACCUACUGCGAGGCUUUGGCCGACGGCUGCCAGAUAUGCCUUCGACCACGGAAAUGGAUCUGGGGAACGAGGCCUUGAAAGCGGCGGUUCGAGCCAACAAGGUGCGACGGAUGCUGCAGGACUAUGCGCAGGAGGUGGUCCAAAGUGGCGCACAUGUUGUGGUGGACGACUUUCUGCGGAAUCUUCAAUCCUCUGGAGUGGUGAAAAGUGGCAAGAGCUGGGAGGCGGCACUCUCUUUGCAAGAUGUGGCGAAAGAGUCGGGCAUUUCCGCCAUGGUGGUCAUCUCUCCAGGCAAGGCCAUCAUGGACGAAUUGAUGGCCGCGCAUAUCGCAUCAGGCACCGCUCAAGAGGAGGGAACCCAUCGCCCCGUCUCACAUGAGGGCAGGACCUUCUCGAAACAUGCCAACAAGAGCUUUCCGCCGCCGCCGCCCAUGGACAGCGAACCUUUCGAGAAGUACUCGUUCUUCUCCGAGUUGGGACAGGAUGUGCAAGAGCUGAGUCUGGGCUAUUCCGCCUCCUACUUAUCCUUCUGGAUCAACAACUCCCUUUGAGGGACCUCUUUCCAGUGAGUCGGUGUCAGAGUUUGCGUUGGAAGGGCCUGAUGUGUGUGAGAAACUGGUGAUGUUUGAAGGAGUAUGGACUGUGAUUGGAACUCGC